AUGCCAAAAAUUAUAUGCUUAUAUAAAGAAUCUUCUUUAAAUCAAAGAGAAAAAAAACAACAGUAUAUUUCAUAUUAUUUAGAUUUGAGUAUUUUAGAAAAUUUGGAUAUUUUGCGAAAUUGGCCUUUAGAUAAUAAUAUUAAAGGAAUUGUUCAUCAUACUUAUAAACAAGCCACUAUAUUAGCUAGAGAUAUUCUUGGGAUAGUGUUAAAUACACGAAUUCAUAACUUUGUAGCUAUUCUAGAUGAUGAUAAGAUUGAAAUAGAAAAUGAAAUCGAAGAACAACCUGCUAAACUUCAAAGAAAUAAUAAUUUACAAAUAACUGAAAGUAUUUUUAUAUCAGCAGCAGCUACAGAAAUUAAUGCUUGGGAUAAGUUUA